GUGGUGCGUCGGGCCACCCGUCCCGCCAGGUGGAACUUCUCGCUGCUGCCAUGCAGCGGGACUUGGGGAGCUACCCUCUGGCCCCGGGCGUGCGAGUAAAACUGGUGAGUGCCGGCUUCCAGACGGCCGAGGAGCUCCUGGAGCUGAAGCCCUCGGAGCUUAGCAGAGAACUUGGGAUCUCUAAAGAUGAGGCUCUGGAAACAAUACAAAUAAUAAGGCGGGAAUGCCCCAUAGAUAUAUCAACAUAUCCUUCUGUAUCUGCAUCAGGCAAGAAAUGUACAGCAUUGGAACUUCUUGAGCAAGAACACACCCAGGGCUUCAUAAUUACUUUUUGUUCAGCGCUGGAUAAUAUUAUGGGUGGUGGAAUACCCCUAACCAAAACAACAGAGAUUUGUGGUACACCAGGUGUUGGAAAAACACAGUUAUGCCUGCAGUUGGCAGUAGAUGUACAGAUCCCAGAAUGUUUUGGAGGAGUAGCAGGUGAAGCUGUAUUCCUUGAUACAGAAGGAAGUUUUAUGGUUGACAGAGUGGUAGAUCUUGCCACAGCCUGUGUUCAGCAUCUUCACCGUAUUGCAGAAUCACACUUGGAAGAAGAGCACCAAAAAGCAUUGGAGAACUUCUCCCUAGAAAGCAUACUCUCCCACAUCUAUUAUUUUCGUUGUCACAACUAUACGGAGCUACUGGCACAGGUUCACCUCCUUCCAGACUUCCUUUUGGAACAUUCAAAGGUCCAGCUGAUUAUAGUGGAUGGGAUUGCAUUUCCAUUUCGUCAUGAUAUUGAUGACCUCUCCCUUCGAACACGGUUACUGAAUGGACUAGCACAGCAGCUGAUCAGCUUGGCAAAUAAUCACAAAUUAGCUGUAAUUUGGACUAAUCAAAUGACAACAAAGAUUGAUAAAAAUCAGUCCUCACUAGUUCCUGCUUUAGGGGAAAGUUGGGGACAUGCAGCUACCAUUCGAUUAAUUCUUCAUUGGGACAAGAAGCAGAGGUUAGCAACAUUGCACAAAUCACCAAGCCAGAAGGAGGCCACAGUACUGUUUGACAUAACGGCCCAGGGUUUUCGAGAUGUUCCUUCUCCAUUAUUACCCACAGAGGAACCUUCUGUGAACCCCCGAAAGCGAUCACGAGAAGCAAGAGAAGAAGAAUAGUAUUUUAAAGAUUUUUCAUCUUGCACUACACAAAAUUUUAUAAAGACUAUUGUGUAUAAGUGCUGGGUACAAUUCUCUCUCUCUCUCUCUCUUUUUUUGCAGGGCAGUGAGGGUUAAGUGACUUGCUAGUAAGUAUCAAGUGUCUGCAGUGUCUGAAGCCAGAUUUGAACUCAGGUCCUCCUGAAUCCAGGGCCGGUGCUUUAUCCACUGCACCACCUAGCUGCCCUAGGGCACAAUUCUCACAGGAAAUAUUUUAACAGUCAUAGAAUACUUCCGAUAUCAACAAUUACCACAGUAUUAAAUUGCCAAUUUAAGAUAGUCACAUCAAUCAUAAAAUGACAUCACCAAAUACUCAUAAGUUAUUUACAUUUGUAUAGAAUACAUUCAAGCACUAAAAAUGGUUGUAAAUAUUAAAAUAGAUAAAAAUAUAUACAUACCAAGUUGAUAUAGUUAACCUGGCACUUUUAUAAAAUAAUUUAUACUCUAUCCACUUCAUUAUUGAUACCUUUAGUAAUUAUUAAAUCAUCCCAAUAAUACAUUGUACAUAAAUCUCUGCUCUACCUAAUUGUAUCACAAACCUAGUAUGCAUGUAUGAUUUGAUAAUACUUCAUGCUAAUUUUAGCUUUGACAGCACAGGCUUAUUAUGAGGAUUUCUACCUUCUAAAAGCAUCCAUAAUCAGUUUGUCAAUAUAUAUUUUAAAAUCUUUUUGACCCUCAUGUUGUACCACUCUGAUAUUUAGAUUUCUUUCUUGAUCUGGCAGUCUUAAGUGUACUACAUUAACUUUAUUGAAUGGAAUAGUUGUGGCAAUGUAUUGUGGUCUAUCUAGUCCUACAUUUAAAAGUAUGGUUACAAUGCCUCUUCUAAACCUGCUACUGUGAUUAAUACAGAUUUAGGUGGGGUCAGGCACUCUUGGAUCAUGUCUACAGGUUGUGCUAGUACCUAGAUGAUAAUGGCAGUGGGAGAUUUUUGUUUAAUCCUCUUUUCCUUCAGCAUUUAUUUGCCAUGUUAACUAAAGCAUUAGGUACUGAUUAAAGGAGCACAGACUAACCUUACAUAGUGUAUUAAUCACCAGUCAGACAGGUAGAAGUGAUUAAAGUUUAUUGGUAGAACUAGCGGAUCAAUAAUUUCAAUGAAUGUUUCACUGUGGUGCCAGGGAGUAACCAUUAAAAGC